GGCAAUCUCGCCUGGCAGCGGAUGAUAGCUUCCGCCACAGUGGCUUCGCGCGCUAUGAUCGCCGGGAGAUCUGCCACUAAUGCACUAAAGCCUCACUAAUCCUCACCUGGUCAGCUAGCCUGACCCUAAAUCUGUAAUCUGUACUUUGUAAACUUCCAGCAACAUCAUCGCGACGAUACUCCUAUAUUCUCCUAGCUGCUUACGUAAAAAGUCGUUAUUAUCAUUAUCGGAGACAUCCACCGUCUACGACAAAAUGUCCACGAUAGCCACUCCCCGCGACCCCCCGCGGCGCGUGCCCUCGUACCAAGGCACGACGCCAACAUCGUCCACGCGGCCCAGCCUCGACGCAUCGCGGUCACCCAUCGGCUCGCCCAAGCUCACAGGGAGUCCCAACCUCUCCGCCUCCGCCGCGCCUCCGACCGCCCCCGGAUCGAAAAGCAAUCGCGCAGCCCUGCGCGCAUACUACAACCUAAAGAAGCAAGCGGCGCCCGUGGUCGAAGUGACGGAUCCGUUCGGCGAGACCUCGGGCGGGCCGCAGCACGAGCAGUACUCUGAAGUGGCGCCGAGCGAGAUGGAUAAGCCGGACUUCGACGCCGAGUCCUUUGUGAAGAAGGCGCUGGCUGAGAAUGGCAUGGAAGAGCUGUUGAGAUUAUACACGCGGGUGUUGGGGGAGACGAGGGCGCUGGAUGCGGAGAAGAAGGCGUUGGUUUACGAUAAUUACAGCAAGUUGAUUACGGCUACGGAGACGAUACGGAAGAUGCGAACGAAUAUGGACCCAUUGAACCCGAUGGCUUCUACGCUUGACCCGGCGAUUGCCCAGAUAUACUCGCAAGCCUCGGCGAUACGAGAUUCGUUACGAAAGUCGGUCCCCCCACCCGAUGCGGCUAGGACUGCGGCGGAGGAGGCACGAAAGCGAAAAGCGCGGACGAAACAACUUGCCACUGAAGUUUUAGACGCCCCAGAUAAGAUACGAGCACUCGUCAACGAAGGACGGUUAGAGGAUGCAAGACAAGCGUGGAAGAUGCCGCGGAGGCUUCUAUUGGUAUGGAAAGAGCAAGGCGUCGGUGGCAUUGACGUCGAUGCGUGCAUAGAGGAUGGCGAUGCAGCUCUCAAAGGCGAGCCGAGUAAAGGAAACUGGCGAGACGUGAAUGGGAACGAUUCGUGAUUAUUGGAUAUUCAUAACUGGUGCAGCUGGUGAUACCCCAAUCAUCAAGGCCCGUGGUCUCCCAUCGCCAUCCCCUGGAUUAUCUCGG